CCGUUACACAAGGAACUAUAGAUGGUCUGAACCCGCAGCAAAGUGUGCCAGGGGUGUGACAGAGGGGUGUGGCAGGGGAGAAAUCUCGAGCUACCUGUGAUAUCAAGAUCAAGUUCAGGAUCAGCCCGAAGAGGGGGUGGGGGGCAAUGGGGUUCCCAAUUUUUGAGAUCGUUCUUGACCCUGAACAGCCCGUGUACGUCGCCGGGGCCGCUGUGAAGGGCUACCUCAGGGUGGCCACGAAUGAGGAGAUUGAGUGCAGAAGUCUCAAGGUGUGGAUUAAGGGCAAGGCCAAGGUGAAGUGGUCCAAGGGCAGCGGCAAGAACAGGCGGACUUACACGGCGGUAGAGCAGUACUUCCGCCAAGAGUCUCUUCUCUGGCAGGGAAGAGACUCAGGUAACAGGUUCGGUGCUGGGAGUCGCAAUUUCCCGUUUACUUUCAUUCUGCCGAGUGACAUCCCGUCAUCCUUCACCUCCCCCAAUGGCAGCGUGGUCUACAAGCUCAAGGCCGAGGCGGACCUACCCCUCAGAUUCGACCAAUCCACUCACAAGAUGUUUUCCGUCAACUUCAUGUAUGAUCUGAACCGGGACCCCUUAGCUGUGAGACCGCUGAUGAUGGAGAAGGAGAAGACGGUGUGCUGCCUCUGCUGUGCCGAUGGACCCAUCCGCCUCACCAUGCAGGCCCAGCGCUCCGGCUACGUCCCUGGCGAGAGUCUGGUAGUGGAGGGGGAGGUGAUGAACGGCUCCUUCAGCACCAUCAAGUACACCGAGAUCAAGCUGGUGCAGCAAAUCACGCACAUCGCCCGCAGCCACACCCACAAAGUGACCCGCACAGUGCAGCGCGUCUACCACCCCCAAGUGCCAACGGGCGGGAAGGAUGUGUGGUCUUCAGUGCCGCUCCCCAUACCCCCCGUGCCCGCCAGCCACCUCCAUCACUGCAACCUCAUCAUGAUUGACUACGCUUUGGUGCUGGUGGCUAAGCUCGGCACGUGUCGGAAAGCUAAAGUCCUCGCCCCUGUUAUCAUCGGGACGCUGCCUCUCCGCGGGACCUACUCCACCUUCCGCACCUCUGGCCCCACAGAGGUCGGCGGCACGGCCCUCGCCACCUCCAUCAGACGCAGCCCCAGCCCGCACCACCCAUCCGCUCUGUCGCCGAUUCCACCCCACGGCCCCUUCGCCCCCUCCGCCCCCUUCCACCAGCCGCCUCAAGCCAUACCCUCGGCCCCACCACCUGUCCCACAACAUGGCCUGUACACCGACCCCCCGCCGCCCUACACCGCCAGCCUCCUCCCUGAUGAAUAUGCCGACGUCCCUCCCCCCUCCUAUUCGUCCUGUGCCUUCAGUGGAGGGGCGCGCGGAGGUGAUGGUGGUGGCAGCGAUGAGUCCGAUGACGAGGGUGGAUUCGCGCCUCGGUACUUCACCUACCCAACCAUUGCUUAGGUGCUCCUUCCUGCCCCCCCCAGCCCUGAAGACCCCCCCCACGGCAGCCCCCACCAACAUGCAACACACCCCGGCUAACGCAACACAGUACCAUCCAACACUACCUCAUCCACGACAUCCGCUGCGAGUGACGAAGGAAGGGUGAGGCAUCAAGCUCGCCAUCCAACACUGUCUCAUCCACGACAUCCGCUGCGAGUGACGAAGAACGAACUAUCAUUGCCAUCCAACACUACCUCAUCCACGACAUCCGCUGCGGGUGACGAAGAACGAACUAACAUUGCCAUCCAACACUACCUCAUCCAUGUCCUUGUCGCGGGUGAAUGGGGAAGACUGAGGCAUGGAGCAACACAUCUCUGCCAUCCAGUACAACCUCAUCCACGACAUCCAAUGUGGGUGAAGAAGGAAAAACUGUAGAGUAGAGCUCACCCAAAUGGACCAACACUGCCAUCCAACUCCACCUCAUCCAUGUCCUCCAGUGUGGGUGACGGUGGAAGGCUUAGGCGUGAUCACCCAACAGGACCAAUGUUACUAAAGGGACCUGAGAUUCUACUACUACGAUUACUUUCACAUACUUUUGUAACUCUAAUGUAAUGUUUUCCGUAAGACUCUGAGAACUAAACAUUGACACACUUUCUUUUUUAGUGUUUCCGAGAGUGACACGGACAGUUUUUUGACAAGUAAGCAACCCUCUCCUCUGUUCUUCCUUGUCUUCACCUGUUGCUAGUUAUCAUAUUUCUCUAUAAGUCUCUUCGGCGACCAAGAAAAUCGAAUAGGAAAGAUUACAUUGUUAUCCGCUUGUCUGAACUACUCUACACUGUACCAAAGAAAGCAUAAUAAUCAAGUUUGAUGUUCGGGUAGCUCUGAGGGUUGGCGUAGAAUUGUGUGAUGAGAAAUUAAGGUUCCGGUGUCUGUAUGUAGGGAAAGAUAUAUGCUGCUGUGUCUUGGUAUGAUAUUUGAAAGUGUAGAAGUAGUAGAUAAAUGUAGAGUUAGCAGUAGUAAUAGUGAUACAAUUCUGGCUUAUUCUCUUUACUAGUAUGUAGAGAGAGAUAUGUGCUAAUGUUCCUUGGUGUGAAAAUUGGAAGUGCAGAAGUAGUAGAUCUAGAAUUAGCAGUAUUAAUAACGAUAUAGUUCUGGGCUAUUCUCGUUACUAUUUUGGAGAGAGAUAUACGUUACUGUUUCUCGGUGUGAUACAGACAUACCUCAGUUCACAAGCUUGAUUCAUUCCGUAAUUUCGCUCGCACCAAAAAAAUCUUAAGCGAGUAGCGGGCUUUUUUUUAGUUUCCUUUUUUUGUGCCCUUGAGCUAUUUCCUUUGUUGUAAAAAAAAAAGAACGCUCACUUUAGCACUGAGAACAUGAAGGUCGCAUUCUAGAACACAAACGCAAGCGGAGACGAGCGCGCGGGUGCCACCUUUGCGAGUGUACAACGCAGACCGAGACCCCAAUCCCGCUGUUUUCCGCUCUGAGCGCUCCCGUCUUGCAGCGAACAAAGGGAACUCACACUCGCGCCUUCAACUUGUGCAAACAGGAUGCUCGUUCACCAGGGCUUGUUUUUUUCUCUGCGCUCUUUUUGUUGCCCUUGAGCCAUCUCCAUCGCUGAAAAAAUAAAAAAAUAAAAAUCACCGCUCGUAAACGAAGGCAUUUUAAGUGAUAUUUUUAUGCUCGUAAACCAAAACACUCGUAAAGUAAGGCACUUGUAAACCGAGGUAUUACUGUAUUUGUAAGUGCAGAAGUUGUGGAUGUAGAAUUAGUGUUAGUAAUAGUGGUUGCAUAUUUUCAUACACCCUAACAGUAUAGCCAACCCAAGCUGCCCUCCCCUUCCCUAACAGUAUAGCCAACCCAAGCUGCCCUCCCCUUCCCUAACAGUAUAGCCAACCCAAGCUGCCCUCCCUUCCCCUAACAGUAUAGCCAACCCAAACUGCCCUCCCCUCCCCUAACAGUAUAGCCAACCCAAGCUGCCCUCCCCUCCCCUAACAGUAUAGCCAACCCAAGCUGCCCUCCCCUUCCCUAACAGUAUAGCCAACCCAAGCUGCCCUCCCCUCCCCUAACAGUAUAGCCAACCCAAGCUGCCCUCCCCUUCCCUAACAGUAUAGCCAACCCAAGCUGCCCUCCCCUUCCCUAACAGUAUAGCCAACCCAAGCUGCCCUCCCCUCCCCUAACAGUAUAGCCAACGCAAGCUGCCCUCCCCUUCCCCUAACAGUAUUGCCAACCCCAUCUAUCCAUCCCUCCCCCUCCAGUAACAUAUUUUCAUGCACCCUAACAGUAUAGCCAACCCCAGCUGUCCAUCCCCUCCCUUUCCCUUGUCGUUCCAUGAAUAUUGAAGACUUUAUAUAUAUAGUAAUGAAUUUUUGGAUGGACGAAAGACUAAAGUACCUGAUAUAUACGAUAAUCGAGACUUGUAUUUCCUUGUGUCCUUAGGGUGCUGUCGAGAGGUAAUGUUUGUGCCUUGUGGGAUGAAAAAUAAUGAAAAAAUGUGUAUGAUAAUUAAAUGUUUUUGCUAGUGUUACAACCACUACUACUACUACUACUACUACUACUACUACUACUACUACUACUACUACUACUACUACUACUACUACUGCUACUACAACACAUAAGUUAAUACUCCUUAUGCAUUUAAAUACUCAGGAUAAAAGAUUAUUACAUCAAGUAUAUACAAAAUAGAGAAAAAAAUAGCUUCUUGUGAAUUUAUAUUACUUCUUAUCGUUUUUCCGUCGCCCUAAUGGUCAGUCUUUUUGUAGUCAUCGGCAAGGCAGCGAUUAGAAGGCUUGUUUUGUAUUCUCGUUUAUUUUUGCCCGUGAGGUAAUUCGUUCACCGUAUAAAGAGAACGUGACGAAUCUUCCAUGAAUAUUAGGGUCACAUGGCUUUGUGUGUGUGUGUGGGAUUUGGCUCAUGACUGGAAUGUUGUGAACUCAAUCCUGGGCCACGGGGAUGAAAUGCACUCUCUUAAGUAUAGUUUUUUUGGGGUGCGUUUUAAUUCACCGUGUCCGUAAACGCUUUCAAACUCGAGAUUAAUCCUAAGACAGCGGCAGUUAUUGAUCAGCAGCUCCCCAAAAUGAAAAAAACUGUUGCCAGAUCUUUUAAUUGUUGUAUUGUUAGUUUUCGUCAGCUUUAAUGUGGCUGAUUUGUCCUUCAUGAUCUGUUUUUCAAGGCGUGGUUGGUCUGUUUCGUUGAUUUUUCAUGUUUUACGCCUGAUUUUUUAAUAUGUCAACAUAAUGCCUUCUUCUUAAAUAUCGUAUUAGUCUUUCGUCUGCAAUACAGUCGCUGAUUUGCCCUUUUUAACCUGUUUUUCAAGGCGUGGUGAGUCGGUUUUGUUGAUUUUUCUUAUAUGACUUUUUGCGAAGAGUUUUUAAUAUGUCAACUUAAUGCCUUCUUUUUAAAUAUCGUGUUAGUCUUUCGUGUGCAAUACUGUCGCUGAUCUGCCCUUUUUAACCUGUUUUUCAAGGCGUGGUUAGUCGGUUUUGUUGAUUUUUCUUACAUGACUUUUUAUGACGAGUUUUUAAUAUGUCAAGCUUAUGCCUACUUUUCUAAAUCUCGUGUUAGUUUUCGUUAACAAUAAUGUCGCUUUCUCUGCCUCUGUGGUGGAUGGUGGAGUGUUUCCCAUGUGGUAUUGGUGUGCUGGAUAUCCCUUCACUGGUAGCCUGGUAACAUACACUCCCAGGUCUUUCUCUGCCUCUGUGGUUGAUAGUGGAGUGUUUCCCAUGUGGUAUUGGUGUGCUGGAUAUCCCUUCACUGGUAGCCUGGUAA